UGAACAAUGACAAUGUAGUGAGAUACCAUAUAGAGUAUAGUCACUGAGGAUGCUAACAGUGAUAUAGUGUUAAAAUUAUGCAUGUUUUUCAUAUCGACUAUCAGACAGUAUAAAAGGAGUUUUGCGAGAGGCAAAAAAUAAUUACAAUCAACGCUUAAGAAGAAAUCUUCACAUCAAUAAAUCUUCAUUCAAGAAUUUUAAUCAUGGAGUGGAAAGCAGUGGUGAUAGUAGUUGCUGGUCUCAUGGCAACUGCAACUGGUACUCCAAUCAGCGAUUGCUCCGAUCGUUUCCAACAAUCUCUUACGGAAGCACUACAGCUAAAGAAAACAUGUGCCACGGCUAUGCACAAGGACUGUUGCCAGAUAGCACAAGUCUCCAAUACAUUACUGGACCAAAACCUGGAAUCUGGUAUCUAUAACAUCAAAGAUUUCUGCCCAACUACGCCAUUUGGCCUGGACUUAUCCCCAGUGCAAGCACGCUGUAACAUGGAGAGUGGUGAUGGUGGAUGGAUCGUUCUCGUUCGAAGGACACCAGACGUUGCUGAGAGAAUAUAUUUCGACAGAAAUUGGGUCGAUUAUGAGAAUGGAUUCGGAAACCUGAGUGGCGAGUUCUGGUACGGACUAAAGAACAUGCACUGUCUUACAAAUGCACAGCCAAUGGAGGUAGAAAUUGAAGUGAGGAAAAUUAACGGCACAAAAUUGAUAUUGUCAUAUGGUCAAUUUCAAGUUGAAGGACCCGGCACAAGCUACACACUGCAUGUUUCUGACCAACAGCACACUGGAUUCGACUUCUUUGGUUAUCACAAUGCAUUGAAAUUUACUACAGAUGAUAGAAACAACGAAAACCCAUGUGCUGCACGUAGAAAUGGAGGGUGGUGGUUCAACGUCGACGACUGCUACAACGUUGGUAUAUCAUUAGACCCUCGUCCACAGCUCCAUCAAAGAAGCGCUGGAGGUUUCAUGGCCUUCGAUUAUGCUGAGAUGAGAGUUCGUGCUAAGUCAUGUAUGGCACCAACAUGCGAGUAACUUAAAUGGGUACUCAUCUGUGAGAAUUAAGCUGAACAGACAAAAAGCUGGAAUUUUAUCAUUUUUAUAAUUAGGUGUAUAGCUGUAUACUUUAUAGUAUAGAGCAUCACAUGGUUCUGUAUUUACGUGUGCUUAUAAUUAUAUAGCAUUUAUAACAAAAUAAAGUUGGAGUUUAUUAAAAAAAUGCACUCGUUUAACAAAUA